UAUUCCUCUCUUUCACUCUCUCUUUGCGUUGAAAGAGGGACAUACUGUCUUAAAUGGAGAACUAUCAAUACCCAGCAUCGUACCCAGAUUCCGGCGACUCGUCGCCGCGGUCGAGGGAGAUCGACUUCGAGAAUCCGACGCCAUGGGAGGACCAGCAGAGUCCACACAACUACAAAGCCAAGUUCCUCUGCAGCUACGGCGGGAAGAUCCAGCCACGCACCCACGACAACCAGCUCUCCUACGUCGGCGGCGACACCAAGAUCCUCGCCGUCGACCGGAACACCAAGUUCCCAACGUUCCUCUCCAAGCUCGCCGCCCUCUGCGACGCUGCACCGCAAGAGCUCACCUUCAAGUACCAGCUCCCCGGCGAGGAUCUCGACGCCCUCAUCUCCGUCACCAACGACGACGACCUCGAGCACUUGAUGCAUGAGUACGAUCGCCUCUAUCGGCCUGCUUCGAAACCCGUCAGGAUGAGGCUCUUCCUCUUCUCUGCACCGAAUCCGGGUCCUCUAUCUCAACAACCCGACCCGCUUAAGCCACAACCCAACGUUGACUUCCUCUUUGGCCUCGAGAAGGGCGUCGUUCCUCCGCCUCAGCCUCCCUCCUUCGCCGCCGUCAAGUUCCACGAUCCCGUGCCGGACCCCGUCGCGCUGAAUCCAGAGUACCAGCCCCGUGUACCCGUUUCUGAUCGGGUUAUCGGGUCGGAUAAUGUCAACCCCAUCGAGAUUCAGAGGCAGUUUCAGCGGUUGCAGGUUGGGGAGAGUGAUUAUCGGAGGAGAAGUGAAGAUGGGUACGCCGGAGGUUAUGCUGCCGCGGCCGUGGCUUCCUCCGGCGGCGGAGGCGCAGGGGAGUAUUACUCGCAGAAGAUGCCGGAGAAAAUCCCGCCGGCGAACUUGCAAAAUCCUGGUGGUUACUGGCCGGAGAAGCAGUUUCCCGGAGAGGCUUUCCAGACGGCUGCCGGAGGAGGAGACCAGCCGGUUUACCUGAUUCAGACGCAGGCGCCGGGAACGUUCUAUCACGCGCCGGUGAUGCGUCCUCCGACGACGCAAGGGUACUACGCGGUGCAGAGAAUGGCUUCUGAUGGCUACCGGGAACAGCCGGUGUAUGGCGGCAUGCCGCCGCAGAAUGUGGGGUUCUCGUCUGCGGGUCCGGCGAGCUUGGCACCGGCGCAGCAGGUUAAGCCGUCGGGCUAUGCGGAGGGGUAUGGCGUGGUUAGGCCAACUGGGGUGUCGGAUAAUGUCGGUGGUGGUGCGUACGCGCAAGUGGCGUAUGAUAGUGCAAGUGGGAGACAGGUUUACUAUACUGCGCAGGGUGGGGUUGUACACGCGCCACCGUAUCAAGGAGUGGUGAAUGCUGACGUGAGACAGGUUUCGUUGGGGCAGGAUGGUAAAGUGGUAAACAAGGUUUCCCAAGGAUCUGUGUGAUUAUUGUUGUGAUUAUUAUUAUAUGUUAAUUUUGAAAUAAAAUAUGGUUUGCUUUUUUAAUA